UAAUAUAUUAAUAAUUAAAAGUUAAUGGGAUAACCAAAUUAGAAGGCUGCACCAGUAUAAGCAAGAGAUCCAAUUGAUAUUUAAUUAGAUUUAAGAAUGACAUGGAAAAGACUAGAAUCUGAAUCAAAGAGAAGUUUAAAAGAACAGGAUAAAAAUUUGGCAAAAGCAAAAGAGGCUUUAAAAAAAAAUAAUGAAGAAGGAGCUAAAUUAUUUUUGUAGACAGCAAUGGCAAAGAAAUAGGAGAGUGAAAAUUUAUAAAAGAUGGCAACAAAGAUCUAAUUUGUGGAAUCAUAAGUUAAAAGUGCUUAAGCAAAUGCAGAGGUAUUGAGAUAUGAUUUAUAAAUAUUAUAGAUGAUGAGAUAAUUGAAUGUUGUAACCCCAAUUAUGUAGUAAUAUGUAAAUACUAUGUCAAUUGAAUAAUUAUAUCAAAAUAUAAAUCAAUUUGAUAAUGCUAUAGAUGAUAUGAUGGUAUAAGGAAAGGUUAUGGAUUCUAUGAUGAAUAAAAACUAAAAUGAUUUUUAAACAAAUAUGGCAGUAGAUUAGAUGAUGUAAUAAUUAAAGAAAGAAGAAGCAUUAAAAUUAUAAGACUUAUAACCCAAUAGUAUAUAAUUGUAUAAUAAUUUUUAAUAGAUAUGGGAUUUCAAUAGAUACAAUAACAAUAAUAGUAACCUUAGUAUCAAAACUAACAAUAGUAUCAAUAAUAGAAAUAUUGAUUUAGAU